GUCCUCCACCAUUCCUUUGGAAAUUGUAGGGGCAACAGCAAUGAUGCAGGGAUUAACACAUUACUCCUCAAACUCCUUGUUCCAUGAUUGGUUCUUUUCAAGGCUUAACGCUAUCAAUAAACACGGCUUGCACCCCCAAUGUGCCUUGAUGAUCACGAUCCAGGACGCCCGUUAACUUUUUUAUUCUCGCCUCGUGGUCGUAAGGCUAUUCUCCGACAGAACUUCAGUCGGGAUCCUGACACUAACUUACCUUCAGUAACCUGUUCACUGACAUCUGGUAAGUAUCCGCUUUCGGCUGUCUAUACCGUGUUCUCCUUCAAUUCCACUGAUUGAAUACAUCCGGAGUCCUUUCAAAAUCUCAACGAAAAGUAUAUAUAGGUGCGAACAUUGCCUCUCCAAUUUUUUUUCACCGAAUAGCCUUUGUUCGUCUUCCUUCCCUCCUCUCCUCCUCCCUCCUCCUUCUCGCACUCGAUCUCAAUCCACAAUGCUUAGAACACACCUCGACGUUCUUGAGUCAAGUGCUGCAUCCUUCCCUUCAGAACCCGUCUUCAAGCUCCCAAUCCCGCGGACUUCUUCAUCGCAAUCCUUUGAAUGGAAUACGAUCACAUAUCAGAGGUUCUAUGACGAUGUGUUACUCUUUGCACGGUAUUGGGCACGCAAGCUGAGACAGGAUAACAUACCGCAGAGGUCAACCAUCGGGAUAUGGAUCGCGGGGACAACAUACCUCGACGUUCUACAUAUCUACGGUCUUUCCAGAGCCGGCUACAUCCCCCAACUAUUCAGCAUAAGACUCCCCAACCCCGAAGUCAUCUUCGAACUCCUCCACAAAUCACAGGCGCGAGCACUCAUCUGCGAUAGCAACUUUUACUCGAUAUCCAGUAAAAGUCCCGUUCCCCUUCACAUUGCCGUCGGUCUCUCAGAAAUCGACGGGGGAAAUGAUGCACUCCCGUCCUUGCCGCCAGUAGAGAGCAACGACAUCGCGUUCUACUUCCAUACCAGUGGUUCCACUUCGGGUAGCCCCAAACUCGUCCCCUGUAAUUACACCUGGUUGAACUCUGUGGUCGUGAAAUCUCGGCAAACUUGCAUGCCCUAUCUCGCUACUCGACGCGAUGUCGUUACUUGGAUGGGAAGCAUGUGCCACAUAGGUCAAACAUUCAUGUUGAUCGGGAGUCUCCAACAUGGCGCUUGUGUAGUGCAACCGACAUCAAUGCCGUUCUCCUCUCAAGAGCUGAUGGAUAUGAUAUCAAUCGCGGGAGUAAACCGUUUAUUCCAGUUCGCAGCUUUCCUCUCGAUGCACUUCAGAACAGCCCGUCAAGAUCCCAAACUCGCCUCGUUGCUUGCCGGUCUUGAUGAGAUCCUGACAUCAGGAAUGCCGCUGCCUCGUGAAGAUGUAGAAUAUGCAUCUAAAUCUGGUUUCGCUCUCAGGAACCUCUUUGGAAGCACAGAAGCUGGGGCAACAUUACUGUCGCCGCGUGGCCAUGGACAAAACACUUUGAUACUCAGCCCUCUCGAUGGCGUUUCCUACCUUUUCAAGCCCAUCCAUCAAUCGUCGGAAAGUGCCGCCCAUCAGUCUACAGCACGAAUGCUCGAAUUCAUCAUUCGCUCUGAAUCCGGUGACUGUCCCCAUGAGAGCCUCCGCCACCCCGAAGAUGGUCAUUUCCACACUGGUGAUUUGUUCCUCGAAGUUAACCCCGGGGAAUACGUCUUCUGUGGGAGAGAUGAUGAUUGGAUCAAGAGUCAGAACAGCUUGAGGUGUGACACGAAAGCCAUCGAGGACAACGCACGCGCUAUGUGCGGUGGCGUUAUAGCCGAUUGCAUUGUCGUUGGCACAGGCCGUCCUUCACCGACGAUAUUCGUUGAGUCGGCCGUCGAUAUGGACGAAGGCAGGCUAAAGAAGGAGAUCCUCCGUAAAACCCGUCUGUUCCACUCGAGGCGAUACAUCCAUGAACGCAUCGUUUCAGACAAGUUUAUCGUUAUCGUUCCCCCUGGGUCACUACCGAGAACGGCCACUAAAGGCAACAUUCGGAGGGCCGCUGUGGAAGACUUGUACAAAACAAAACUGGCCGAGAUCUACGGUUAUUAAAUUUCUUUUCCUGGUAUAGAAGUUCUUUUUAUUCAUAAUUCGACUGUAUUCCCCUUAUAAUCCGCAUUCCUACCAUCCUUCAUGUUUAUCCUUACCUGUAUUCAACACACCCGCAGCAUAAGCUUUAUUUCCUGCGUACUAUAUUUGCUUUAUAUUCGUUAUAACAUUCGAGGCCAUAACUUAUACUUUUUUUCUCCAACACAACAAUUUCUAGAGCAACUCAACUUAUCCCCUACUUGACGUAGCACUUAAAAUCUACUGUAUCCAUAGAGAUAGAUAGAACGUAACUUACAGAAACG